UUGGUCGGUAACGUCAAUAAUCUUUUACAAAAAAAAUUAAACAAAUAGUCAUUAUUUAACAAUAAAACUAAUACUAAAACGGUCUGUGUUAUAAUUCAUCUUAUUCCUUUUAACCAGUGAUUAGAAAACAUGUUGUAUUUAGAAGAUUACCUCGAAAUGAUCGAGCACCUUCCCCAAGAAUUGCGGGAUCGCUUCACGGAAAUGCGAGAGCUAGACCUAUCAGUACAAAAUAACUUAGACGAUUUAGAAAAACGGGUUAAAAUCUUAUUCGCCGAUUGUAAGCGUUACCCCAACGAUUUAUCACCGUCGGUUGAGGGUGAAUUUCAAAAUGUCCGAAAUGAGUAUUAUAAAACGUUAGAUGAAGCCGACGAGAAGGUCCAUUUGGCAAAUCAAAUGUACGAUUUGGUCGAUAAGUAUUUAAGACGACUUGAUACUGAGUUGCACAAGUUUAAAUGCGAACUCGAAGCUGAUAAUAAAGGUAUUACGGAGUUAUUGGAGAAGAGAUCUUUGGAGCUAGACAGCCCGAUGACUCCGAGUGUUGUCUCAUCACACCAACAAAAAGAAAAUCGAUGCGAAAGGUACUUAUAUUUGGGUAUAAUUCAAGAAUCAUCAU